AAUGUCAAAAAAAUCUACCCAAGCUCUGAUAAAAACUGUAAUCAUAAGCGAAGCAAGAGGCAAAUUUAAAAAAUGUUAAAUCUGCCAGAAAGAAUUUGGAAUUUUUCAUAAAGAACACCAAUGCAAAAGGUAAGAAAAGGAAUCUCAAUUUUAGGUGUCGAAGAGCUGUUUGUUAGAAUUGCGCGACUCAUCAUGGACCUGUCCUAGGUGAUGCUGGAUUUUCAAAAUAAACUCACAGAAUUUGCAAUACCUGCAAGGAGGAAAGCGAGUCAAUAAAAAAGUUUAUCGAACAAUACAAAAUAGGUUUAGGAAAAGAUACAUUUUCAAUUGAUUGGCUAAAGGCAUCUGGUCUAACAGUGGACAUUGCUAAGAAAGUAGUACCAUUUUAUAUUAUAGGAAUACGAAUUUGCUUAAAAAGAGAAUGACCGCGCAAAAGAUAAAGGAGAGUUCAUGAAAAUGAAAUCAGAAUUACAAUUGGCGAUGAUUGACUUCUGGCUUAAUCUAAAUUAUUCAUUGAGGGAAUUUUUGUUUUAUUUAUUGAAGGAUCUCGAAUUAGAUUAAUUACAAUAACAAAUAUGUCGAGUUUUGGGAGCCAUUCUAUUAUAAUAUCCAGAAAUAGGAUAUGGCCCAGACUAAGUUAUACUUACAAUAUUUUUAUUGUGUUUCUGUUCUGAAGCAUCAGCAUUCACUAUCUUAACAAUAUUAUACUCAGAAGUUAUUCCUUCUUAUUUGUACCCAUUGAAUUUAAGAAGGACACCUUAUGAUUAUCAACAUGAAAUAGAUUAGGUCCUUUAAGUAUUGGAGCAAGGAUUUAAAAUUAAACAAUCAGAAUUAUAAAACAUUAAACCAUUUGUUAGAACUAGAAUCACAAGAUAUGUUCUUUCUUUGGGAAUCAACUUUUAUUAGUUUUAGACAUCUUUCUACAUGAUUAAUCAAAUACUAGUUGGUCCAAAAACGGGAUAUGACAAUUUUAUCAAAUGUUUAGCAGUUAGCUUUUAUCAAUAAUUUGAAGAUAUUAAAAUCUUUAUAAAUGCUCAAGAAGAUGCUGAGGCUUAGAUUUUGAGAAAUGUUAAAUCAACCCAAUGUGAGAAAGAUUUUCUACUGACUAAAGUGAUAAUAUUUAUACCUCACAAACGAGUGACAUAAAGUGUGGUCAUAUAAAGAUCAAAUGAAAAAAAACCAUCAAGUUAGAUAUAGCCAGAACAUAAUAGGGAUGUUAAGGUUGAAAUAUAAAUUAAAACUGAUCAAAACAUGAGUGAGUAUGCAGCUCUUUAAGAUAAAAGCUUUCAAGAGUUAAGAAGAAAAUCAGUCGAAGUAAAAGCAACUCCAGAGGGUGAUGAAGAAAAAGCUAAUCUCAAAUAAUAUAUUGAAAAAAUUGAAGAAACCUUAAUGCUAAAGCAUAAAUUAGUAACAGAAUUAUAAAACAGAGUGAAAGAAUUAUAAAACUAACCUCCCUAAAUUAAUAAUAAUUAAGACGUUGAUAAGUAAUUAAUAGACGCUAACGAAUAAUUAAGAAAAAGAAUUUAGGAAUAAGACAUACAAAUAUCACAAUUAGAAGAAUAGAAUAAAUAUUCCAAUAAACUUCAAGAAGAUGCUCAAGAGAUGGUAACUUCAAUAUAGAAAUCAAAUAAAGAAUUAGAAUAAUAGCUUGAGACUUCUUUAAGAACUAAUAAAGAUCUAUAUCUUCAGAUUAAAGAUUUAAAGAAUUAAAGCUCUUAACUUUAACCUCCUUCUCCAAUGACUCCAUCAAGAGAGAAAAACUAUUAAAUUAAUAUUGCUUUGAUUUAAAAAAAAAACGAGGAAUAAUUAUAAACAUAAAUAGAUUAAGAGUAAUAAAAAAUAGUAUAAUUGGAAUUAUAGAUGAAUUAAUUAAACAAAGAAUUGUUAGGUUUAUAACAAUUAAAUUAAGAUAAGCUCAAGAUUAUUGGAAAUUUGGAAGUUAGAUUGAUUGAAUUGGAUUCAACAAAAAGAGAAAAUGAAAAACUUACUCUUGAAAUUGCAGCUCUUUUUAAAAAGAUUGAGCAUCAUGAAUUAGUGAUAAUUUAAUAACAAGAGGAGCUUGAGGAUUUGAAGGCUAAAUAUGAUCAAUUAUCUAAAUAGCAUGAAAUAUAAAGUGAAGAGUUGGAUCAAGUAAGAAUUGAAAAAAGAUAAAAUUUAGAGGAAUAUGAUAGAAAAGAGAAUGAAUUACUACUAAUUAUUGAGGACUUAAAAAAUAGAUUGGCAGAAAUGAAUAAAUAAUACUAAACCACUUCAGAUCAAUUAAAUCAAUCAUUAGAUCAUAAUAACUAGAUGUAAAAUUUAGUCUAAGAAAAAGAUGAAACAAUUAAACUCCUUGAGGCAGGUAUUGCUAAGGGAGUUAAGAAAAUUGCAGAAAUUGAAGCCAAUCACCAUAAAUAGAAGGAAGAUGAUAGAAAGACAAUUGAAGAGUUGAAUCAAAUAAUUGAACAAAACAAUCAAAAAAUCAAAAAUCUUGAGGAUAAUAUCGCAGAGAAGGAUGCUAAAUUAGAGGAGCACAAGAAGGAAUUCAAGGCUCUUAAAAUUAUAUUUGUAAGUUUAGAAGAGAAAUGGACAAAAUUGGAUAAUGAUCAUAAAGAUUUAAGUGGUUAACAUCAAAGAUUGAUUGCUGAAUGUGAAGAAUGGAAAAGGAAAUUUAAUGAAGUUGAAGGUGAACAUUAAGGAUUAAAGGAAAAAUACAGAUUAAUUAUUAUAGAAUAUGAAAAAGUUAAAGAAAAUACUAAUGAAAAAAUGAAUGAAUUAAAAUCUCAAAAUGAUGAUCUUCAAAGAAAGCUUAAAGCCUUGGAAGAUAAGCAUUAAUUAUUGUAAAAUUAACAUCAAGCUUUAUUGGAUAGAUUGGAGAAAGAAACCUAAAAUCACAUAAAGAAAGUAGGAGAACUAGAUUUAAUUAUUAUUGGUUUAGAAAAGAAGGCUCAUGAAUAUAAAACAUUAAGCGAAAAUUAAAAAUUAGAAAUUGAUAAUUUAUAAGCUAUAAUAAAAGAUUUAGAAGGGAAAAUAGCCUAAGCAGAAAAAGACCAAUAACAUAGACAUCAAUAAUUACUUGUUUAAAUAACUUAGCAUUUAGAGAAAGUGACAAAAUUAGAAAAUAGAAAUAGCAAGCUUGAAUUAGAUGUUUUAGAGUUAGAAAAAAGAAUUUAAGAACUCAUUUUAUAUAAUCAAGAUUACAAGAAUGAAAUUAUUAAACAAGAUGAAAAGAUUACAAUUUUAAUUAAAGAAGGAUAAACCAAAGAAUCAGAAAUAAUAAAACUUAUUUAAGUAAUUGAAAAGUAGAAACUAGACCUGAUUGAUUACGAGAAGAUUAUUAGAGAAUUGAGAUAGAAAAUUUAAGAACUAGAACUGAUUAUUGUGGAAAAGGAUAAGAAAAUUGUCGAGCAAGAAAAGUCAAUUAAAAAGCUCUAGACACUGCUUGUACAAUUUAAGACAUUAUCAGAAGAAAUGGCUUAAAUAAAUUGA